AUGGCAGCUGCAGUACCAUCUGUUCCAAAGUUGGAUCGAUAUGUUGUCAUACACGUGGCUACUACUUGUGAUGAGCAUGGAGUCUAUGUCACCAAGGACUCGGCUGAGGUGAUUGAGAUCGGCUGGAUGCUGCUCGAUAGUAAAACUUGUGACGAGCUCUUUCGUGACAGUGUUCUCGUCAAGCCCGUCAACACUCCAAUCACACCUUUAUGCACAAGCUUGACCACCAUACAAUGGGAGCACGUACGUAAUGCUGGCACAUUCAGAGACGCUAUCGCUCAAUUCGACCGUUUCGCUACCGAACAUCUGACCUCUAAGAGCCUGGAAUUCGCUUUUGUCACCCUCGACAGCUGGGAUCUGCGGGUUCAGCUGCCUCGAGAAGCCCGAGACAAAUCUGUUGUCCUACCAGCCUAUUUGCAGCACAGCCGGACCUUCGACCUUCGCCAGGAAUAUUCCAAGUGGCAACAGAGACAUCCUGAAUCUCUCCCCUUCGGUCCAAGCUCCUUAGCAAACAUAUGUGCUGCCCUCGAGGUGGACCCUGUGCAAUCUUCGGCUCCAAUUAAGCACAAUCUACCCUUUCAUCUUCAGGCGCUUGCACCUGCUUCACCACGUCGUGCCAUGGAAGAGGCCAUAACCUUGGCUCGAGUACUACGUGGUCUCAUACGCAAGUCUCAGCCUCAACACGAACACCCUGAAAUCCUCAGCCGACCCAUGGAUGCGCGUGCUGAUGUGAACGCCUUUCUCAAGGAACGAUCCAAAGUUCUUCAUAUGAAUGGUCUACCUCACGAUACCACUCAAUCUGAACUCGAAAGUUGGUUCACUCAAUUUGGUGGUCGACCUAUCGCUUUCUGGACUUUGAGAACACCUGAUCAACACAAACCGACCGGCUCUGGAUUUGCUGUCUUUUCUUCUCAUGAAGAGGCUGCGGAGUCACUCUGUAUGAACGGUCGUGCCUUGAACGAAAAGGCUAUAGAAGUCUCACCAUCCUCUAGUCGAGUAUUGGACAGAGCAGCCGACAUCCUGACGCCGUUUCCUCCAAGCAAGAACCGGCCCCGUCCUGGGGACUGGAACUGUCCAUCAUGCGGGUUCUCGAAUUUCCAACGCAGGACAGCCUGCUUCAGGUGUUCCUUCCCAGCUGCUGGGUCUGGUGGUGAUCCGUAUAGCUAUGGCUAUAGCGGAUAUGCUCCUCCUCAUAUGAUGGGCCCUCCACACAUGGGUCAUGGUCACGGUAUGGGUCAUCACGGCCGUGGAGGUGCAGGUGUCGUACCGUUCAGAGCUGGUGACUGGCGCUGUGGUGCUGAAGGAUGUUCUUACCAUAACUUUGCAAAGAAUGUGAAUUGCUUGCGUUGUGGUGCCUCUCGCUCAGGAGCGGCUAUUGUCGUUGAUCAGUCAUUUCCUUCGCCUAUGGGCCAUCCACCUCCUUCUGAUUAUGGUAUGGGUCCAGGCUCAAUGGCGAGCACACCUGGUCCGGGUCCUUAUGGCCCUGGUGCAAACAACUUCGCAUCCGGUGCUGCUUUUGCUCAACCUCCUCCUCAACAAUAUGGUAUGCCCGGUAUGGCUCCUGGUGGUGGCUUCCCACAAAUGGGUAUGCAACCAGGCUACGCGUCAAGCACCGUUUCUCAGACAUCUUUCGGUCAUCCUGCGGCCCAGGCGGCCUUCACGGGCGCUGCCGAUACUCAGCUACAAGGUCAGAACGGGUUCUAUGGUCAAGAGCCUGGUUCAGACCCAUUUGCCUUCUUGGCUGGCAACCUAGGUCAGAUGAAUAUCCACGAUGAUCCAAGUGGACCUCGAGGUCGCAAUGGUCAAUCUGCAAAGAGUCCAGCUUAG